UGAACUGAACAACCCAAACCCCACCCCCACAUUACUCUCUCUCCGUCCCCACAACCUCUUUGUUGACUUUUUACCUCCAUUUUCACACCUUCACUUGACUUGACCAAACUCCCACUUCCACUUCCACACACUUAACAACUAAUACAGAUCACAAAAGAAGAAGAAAGGAAGCAGAGCAGUGGCAUGUAGCUCUCAUCAAUGGGCUGCUUCCAGUCCAAAAAACCCCGCCUCCCUUCCUCCGACCAAGCCCCUCCUCCACCAGAUCCAGCCAAUGAAGUGGAAUUGGAAGAUGAGCAAGCUGUUCCUGUAUUCAAAGAGUUUGGACUGGCAGAGCUGAGAACUGCCACCAAUGGAUUCAACUCUGAACUUAUUGUCUCUGAGAGUGGGGAGAAGGCCCCCAAUGUUGUUUACAGAGGGAAGUUAAGAAACAAUCGAUUUGUCGCCAUUAAACGCUUUUCUAAGCUGUCUUGGCCCGACCCACAUCAGUUUUUGGCAGAGGCGGCUGGGGUUGGCAAGGUUAGGCACAAAAAAUUGGUGAAUUUGAUUGGGUGUUGUGCUGAGGGAGAUGAGAGGCUGUUGGUGGCAGAGUACAUGCCUAAUGAUACUCUCUCCAAGCACCUCUUUCACUGGGAGAAACAGCCAUUGCCAUGGGAAAUGCGCGUUAGAAUUGCAUACUAUAUUGCACAAGCCCUUGAUCAUUGCAAUAAAGAAAACCGAAAACUGUAUCAUGACUUAAAUGCAUACAGAGUUCUUUUUGAUGAGGAUGGUGACCCGCGGUUAUCUAGCUUUGGUCUGAUAAAAAAUAGCCGAGAUGGUAAAAGCUAUAGCACUAACUUGGCUUAUACUCCACCUGAAUUUUUGCGGACAGGUAGGGUCAUUCCAGAGAGUGUGAUCUAUAGUUAUGGGACUGUUCUUCUUGACCUUUUGAGUGGAAAACAUAUCCCUCCAAGCCACGCAUUGGAUCUCAUAAGGGGGAAAAGUUUGUUAUUGUUAAUGGAUUCAUCCUUAGAAGGACAAUAUGCCAAUGAAGAUGCAACUGAAUUGGUUGAAUUGGCCUCAAAAUGUCUUCAAUAUGAGGCUAAAGAUCGACCUGAGACCACAUUUCUUCUGUCAGCAGUAUCCCCCCUCCAAAAGCAGACAGAGGUUGCAUCACUUGUUUUAAUGGGUUUAUCAAAAACUCCAGUGGUGAUGCCAACCAUACUUUCUCCCCUUGGGAAGGCCUGUGUACAGAUGGACCUCUCUGCAGUUCAUGAGAUUUUGCUAAAGACUGGUUACAGAGAUGAAGAGGGUGCAGAAAAUGAACUGUCAUUUCAAGAGUGGACACAACAAGUGCAAGAUAUGUUGAAUACCAAGAAAUUUGGGGACAUUGCGUUCAGAGACAAGGAUUUUAAAAAUGCCGUGGAGCACUACUCUAAGUUGGUUUCAAUGAUGUCUGUUCCUUCGGGUACUAUAUUUGUGAGGCGAGCGCUCUCCUACUUAAUGAUUGGGCAACCAGAAUUAGCUUUGAGAGAUGCCAUGCAAGCUCAAGUGUGCUUGCCUGAGUGGGCAACUGCCUUCUACAUGCAGGCUCUCGCCCUUUCGAAGCUGGGAAUGGAAACUGACGCUCAGGACAUGCUAAAGGAUGGAGCUUCCUUCGAAGCAAAGAAGCAAAACAGCUGGCGCAAUUAGAUCACGAAGCUGAUGAGAUGGCGGUAACCAAGGUCUUUUGAAGUUUUUGCCACUUUUUGAACCUGUUGUUGUUGCUGCAAAGGAGACGUGAUCGAGCGGAAGCAGGUUUCGUUUGGGUUAUUUUCAGUUUACACUUCAUCUUCUAGUUGUGAAAGUAGUCUUACACAAAUGUAUAAGCAAAAAUUUGAAAUAAGAAAUUAGAAACUAGAUGUGUAAUCAGCUGUUCAAUCAAAUUUACAGUUAUUUGUUUUCUA